AUGGCGUUUGGCGGCGUAGUUUUACAGAGCCUCGGACUAGAAAGGUAUUUGGAAAGACAAGGACAAGUCCCAGGAAUCAAAGCAAGAAUUGAAGCACUCGAAGGAGUCAGUGUACAGGACCAACAAUUAAUUUUUGCCGGUCGUCAGCUGGAUGACGAUGAAGUCGAGCCAUAUUCGACUCUUCAUUUUUCGCUCAGGUAUACCACUUGUUGUUUCAUCAGAAACUUGCGCAUUGUAUUACGCAUCAUGUUAUAA